AGUUGGACAACCCCAAGAGGAAAGGUGGGGGAUCCAGGAUGGCAGCCAUGCUAAUCCAGCUCGGUUUCAAGUCUGCUCCAGGCUGAUUUUUGGUCACAGGAAAAUGAAACGGACAAACGGCCAAACAGAACAGAUAUGGCCUCAGCUCAAGAAUCACCCAGAGAGACCUGCAUGCUGGAAAAUCAUCUAAAAUGCUCCAUCUGCAUGGAGACAUUUAAGGAUCCUGUCACUACAGGAUGUGGCCACUCCUUUUGUGAAAAAUGCCUGGACCGCAGCUUAAUGAUAAAUGAAGCAGCAUGCCCCCUAUGCAAGGAGCAUCUGAGCAAAACUCCAAAAGUGAACAUCAUCCUGAGAACCGUCGUCGAACAGAUGAUUAAGAGCCAAGAGAAAGACGACAACGAGUGCACUGGAGCGCCCGGCGAGGUGGCCUGUGACAUUUGCACAGGCCGAAAGCUGAAGGCUAAGAAGUCCUGCCUCGUGUGUCUUGCCUCAUAUUGUCCGGCCCACCUGGACAAUCAUUCAUCAACCGAAAGGCUGAAGGGCCACAAGCUGGUGGAACCUGUGGAGAACUUGGAUGAGAGAGCCUGUCUGCAGCAUGGACGCCCCUUGGAGCUGUACAGCACCAAGAAGGAGACGUGCAUUUGUGUAAGCUGUAUGGAUGAAGGCCAGGAGGAGGUUGUUUCAACUGAGGAUGCAUGGAACAAGAAGAAGGCUAAGCUGGAAAACACCAAGACAGAGCUGCAAGAGAAAGUUAACAACAGAAGAAAACAGGUGGAUGAGAUAAAUGCAUCUCUUAAGAGCUGCAAGUGUCUCCUCGUGUUUCCCAGUUGGUAUGUUUCUGGUUUUAGUUUCUUACUUCUCAUUUUAAUUUGAACUUUGCUUUUUCUUUGCACUUUGUUUUUUGACCCUUUCCGUUGCUACUUUGGAUUUUGUCUUUUUGACCACAUUUUGUGUCUAGGAUCACCUGGUUUUUCAAUUAAUUUGACUUUUGCUUAAUAAAGCUCCCUUUUUGUUGCCCCACUUUUCUGCUCAUUUUGGAGGUGGACAAUCUUGAAAGAGUUUUGUCAGGAAGCCUUAAUGGCACUGCCUCCUCAAUAGCCCCAGCCCAGCUAAUGGACCAGGCCCACGCCUCAGCCCACCUUGCCUACAAUGUGCCUGCUGCUCUGUUAGUGGUCUGGUCCGAUACUCGCCAGUGGUUCCCAGUUGGAGCCUGUUCCUGCUCCCUGGUCGGUGGCCCGACCGACACCAGUUCCUGUCCCUCGGUCUUCUCCACUGAUCCCGCUUGAAUUGUCCCAGAUAAUCAAUUUAAAAGAUAAUUUUACAAAUCAAUAGUAAAAAUCCCACUGAGUUGUGUUAAUUACAACAUCGCACUCACCAACAGUGACAUAGCAGCCAACUCAUAAUCAAUCUGGCCAUAUCGUUAACUUCAGCCAUGUGAAAUGCUAGUUCAUCAGAUCUGUAAGCAAGCUCAUCCAGGACAAUACAGCUUUUGAUGACUGUAGGCUGUGUAGUCUUAAUUUCGAUUACCAUGAAUCACAGCCAUAUGAUGAGGUAUAUGUAGCCUAAAAUCUGACUGUGUGCCGCUGUGAAACAGAAAAGGAGGUCAAUAUCAAAUGGACAAUGCUUGCUUGUCUCCCAA